GUGACGAAUCCACUUGUCUCCCCUGAUUUCACCCCGUUCUUGACGUUCUUUGACUGGAUGUGUCGACCGUUGGCUGCUUCUCUUUGCACGGAGCAUCCUGUGGAACCGUUUCAUAUCCAGACAUGACUCGAUAAUUGACCCUAUCGGUCUCCGCCCUCGUGGUCCACCAGCUGGAAGGCUUCACUCACUCAUGCUGACUGCUCAGGUCUCAAUGCUUUUCCCAGGUGGAGGGACUAAUUCCCCCUCCCCCCCUCCCUGAGUGUUUCUGCUCGAUUGACCUCACGGCCCAGACGAACCGGCUAUUCAGCCAUCUCAUCUCGGGGUGGUGCCAUGUGGGAUUUGUAUUUAAAGAGAACCUCGUCUACCUGGCAUCCGGUCAGAAAUCAUUCAUUCUUGAACAGUGGACGUUGAUCGCACAUUUGAAUCUUACCAACCGACCGAUUGUCUUUCCUUAUUCCACCAUCUCUUCAACAUGAAGCUUUCCCUUCUUUCUCUCGCCACUCUGGCCUCGGCUGCUACCCUCCAGCGCCGCAGUGACUUCUGCGAGCAGUACGGAUCCGUCACCGCCGGUGACUUCACCCUGUACAACGAUCUCUGGGGUGAGAGCUCCGGUACCGGCUCCCAGUGCACUGGAGUCGACUCGGCCAGCGGCGACACCAUCGCCUGGCACACCAGCUGGUCCUGGUCCGGUGGCAGCUCAAGCGUCAAGAGCUAUGCCAACGCCGCUCUGACCUUCACUCCUCAGACCCUGAAGAGUAUCUCCAGCAUUCCUACCAGCUGGAAGUGGUCAUACUCCGGCUCGAGCAUCGUCGCCGACGUCUCUUACGACACAUUCCUGGCCGAAUCGGCCAGCGGCUCGAACAAGUACGAGAUCAUGAUCUGGCUUGCUGCCCUGGGCGGUGCUGGCCCCAUCUCGUCGACUGGCUCGACCGUCGCCACCCCGACGCUGUCCGGCGUCACCUGGGAUCUGUACUCCGGCCCCAACGGGGACACCACCGUCUACAGCUUCGUCGCCAGCUCGACCACCGAGGACUUCUGCGGUGACCUCAUGGACUUCUACAACUACCUGGUCGAGUACGAGGGUCUCUCUGACAGCCUCUACCUGACCACCCUUGAGGCCGGUACCGAGCCCUUCACUGGCUCCGACGCCAAGUUGACCGUCUCCGAGUACUCCGUCUCUAUUGCGUAAAUCAGACGUUGAGUGUUACGAAAGAUCUCCAACCGUGGUGCGUGGACGGACGGAGCUUGACAGGAGGCGGCGGUGGUGGGGUGGGGAGGAGGGGAGAAUGUAGGCGCUGUGUUUCAGCUCCUAGAUAGGAUACCAG